CUAGUCUAGAACCUGAAAACUUAGUGUCGGCCCAGUAGGCAGAUACCUAGAGAUAAGUCCCUUCCCCUUCUUGUCCAGACUCUGAACUGCCAACCCCACAGUCAGGGCAUAACCAUCAAAGGCGCUUCUCGCUCUUCCCCAUGUCGCGAGUUUCACUUCCUCAACUCGUCUGAAAUUUGAAGCCCUUCUUCCUCCUCUCCAACCAACCUAAACUCUUCCAUGCCCGUCUCCAGCAUUCCCGAACCCCGCGAAUCUCUUCAGCCAAAUGCCUCCCGCUCAGUUGGUUCUUUUGCCGUGCCGAGGGUCGUGUAAAUGCCGACGAUAAACACAACGUUUCCUGGACCGGACGACCAUGUUCCACUCCUUUGACAGCCGCCGCAGUUCCUCAGGCUCGCGCGCGUGCUCCCCAAAACCCUCACGGAAGGUUAACCGCUCAUGCCAGGAAUGCACGAGACGCAAAGUCAAGUGCGACGGUGGACAUCCCUGUGCAAGCUGCCAGUACUACAAAGUUGCAGACUCGUGCGAGUACAGGCAGCGGAGCAGACGACAUGUCGUCAGCAGAAGUACUCUUGAAAAGACCACAGAGCAACUCCGGGCCCAGUCCAGUGUGCUGCAGGAACUCUUUUCUGGAGUUCCCGUGGACGACCUGGUAGGCAAGAAUCGAGCAGAGUUGCUCGCCCUGCUGCCGCGAGAGUCUCUCAUUGAUGUACGAUUCACCGCUCCACAAGCCGAUCCGUCACCGGUUAGUAUUCCAGCUGCCGACAAGGAUGACGAGGUUGAUGGCUAUGAUGGUUUGACACAGAAUUCUGAGAAUGGAGAGGCUGCAGACGACAGAUACUUUGAGGAGCCCACUCAAGAGCCGGCAACCCUGGGCUUUGGCGACGAUAUCAACGCCAUUAGUCUCGCAACAGACCAACACCGCCACCCUUUUCUCGGUGUGACAUCCAUGAGUGCCGUUCUCGAGGCGAUAUUUCGUCUCUGUCCUGCCGCCAAAGAACACACUGCUCGGAGAGCAAAGACGUGGAACGUUCUCCAUUGCCCAUCCCACCUGCUUCCGUCUUUGUCUCUCGUCAGCACGAACGCAGGCUUGAAUCAUCUGCGGGAACAGCGCUAUAUCGACUUUUACUUUGACCACAUCCAUUCAAUAAACCCGAUUCUCCAUGAAGACGAUUUCAGACGCGAACUAGCCGCAGGGAUACGUCUCGAUGGCUCUUGGCUGGCCCUAGUCAAUAUGGUCUUCGCCUUGGGCUCCAUCGCCUCCGGCAGCGACUUUCUCCACGUCCAAUACUACAAACAGGCCCGCGCCCACCUCGACCUUGACUCCUUCGGCUCUGGCAACAUGGAAAGCCUACAAGCUUUCUGCCUGCUCGGGGGCUACUACCUGCAUUAUCGAAACUCGCCAAACAUGGCAUAUGCCGUCCUGGGCGCCGCUCACCGUGUCGCGAUAGCCCUUGGACUACACCAGGAGCCCGCCCGCAGCCGCGCCAAGAUCGUCACAAAACACGACACCAACAUCUUACGCGCCGAAACGCGUAGGCGGACGUGGUGGAGCCUUUUCUGCCUCGACACGUGGGCGAGCCUGACCCUUGGCCGUCCAACAUGUGGCCUAUGGGAUAGCAGUACCAUGAACACCCUCUUACCCAAGCCCAUGUUCUCCGAUGACCACGUUGCAGCCUCGCUGCGAGCGAGCUGUCUGUUCUGCCACAUCUGCCACAAGAUCCAGCACCGUUUGGCACAGCCCGCGCGGUUAUCCGCCCCCGAGGCCAUCGCCUUUGACCGCGAGCUGGUGCAGUGGCACGAUUCUCUCCCUGACUACUAAACAUGUCCCCUGCCUGGGCUCCCAAUAGGUUCAUGGGUCAAUACACUCACGGGUCUCCCGUUAGUCAGCAACAUCC